AUGGCAUUAAGUCGGUUCAUUUCCUCGUGUAUCAGAACGGGCCUUGACCCUGACCUGGCUUUCCUUUCUUGUGCAGAGAGUACGGGUCGAGGUGUGGCAGACAGUCUGCAGAGGUUCUCUUCGCUGCCUGCCUAUCUCCCAGCCAGCUUCCACGUCUCUGAUGCAGAAGAAGCAUUCUUCCUCAAGGAGGCCAACCAGGACCUCACGCGCAACGCCAGCCUGCAGGCCCGGUCUGCCACACUCUUCAUCCACCGAGCCCAGAGCCCUCCUGCCAUCAACGCCAGCUACGGCCCCUUCUCUGCGGAGAAGACGGUGCCCUGGGACUUCCUGCUCACCCCCACCCCUUUUGGAAAUAUGGAGAGGUUCCCUUUCAACUGGAGGCUCAAAUCCCACAUCCUCGACAGCUCCAUCUUUUCCAACAGACCCAAAGUGCAGACACUGUUCUAUGUCACUGGCAUGGGCUGGGAUGACAAUGACCCUGGGGAUGAUCUCCCCUGUGUCAAGAUGUUUGCUUUCCCAGAGGCCAGGGAGGUGGCAGCCAGCUGCCGGCUGCAGGGAGCCCCUGGGCUGUGUGUGGCGGAGCUGGAGCUGUUGCCUGAAUGGUUCAGCUCUGGUCUGGACCUGGAACCCGAGGAGGAGAUCCCGGCGAUACUGGGUGGCACGGCCAUGGAACUCUUCUUUGCUCUUUAUCCAGCCAAUGAGGCUGGUCAGUGCCCGCUGGAGGAGGAGGGCAAAUGGGAAAAUAAUAUCCACUCAGAACAGGAGGAACCUCAGCCAGUGCUCCCUGCCCGGGAGAGGAUCGGCAGUGUGGUGGUCUACCCUACCCAGGAUGACCUGCGGUGGUCCUUGGUGAGCCUGGACGACAACAUCGCUCUCUCCAUCCCUCUGAACCUCAUCCGGGAAGGGGACACGGCUACCUUUUUGGUUUCUCUGACCAGUGGCUCCGUGGCAGAACAAUUCACACUUCGAAUCAAGGCAGCCACGGGUGUGAAGAUAAUGGCAGUGCGGGUGAGCAACGAGAACCAGUGGGCGGUGCAGGAGGACAUUGAGCAGGAUGGUACCCAGACCACGGCAGCCCUGGCCUGCGUGGGACACCACCCGGAGAAACAGAGCAGGGCAAAUGGCUCCUACUACGAGAUUCUGCAAGUGGACUUCGGCGUUGACAAUAGCAGUGGCCUGGCAGGGGCCCAGCAAAUCACCUGGCAGGUGGAAUACCCCGUGGAAGACUCCAUGAGCGAGCUCUUCGUCUCUGAGAUCUUCAUCAGCCAGACGACCUUUGUGGGCAUCGUCCCUCUUGCCAUGGACACAGAAGUUUUGAACACUGCCAUUCUCACAGGAAAGCCUGUCUCAGUUCCUGUCAAGGUCGUGGGGGUUCAAGAAGACGGAUCUGUAGUGGACGUGUUGGAGGCUGUGGAAUGCAGGUCGGCUGAUGAAGAUGUUGUGAAGGUCUCCAACACCUGUGAUUCUAUCUUUGUGAAUGGGAAGGAGAUGAAGAGCAAAGUGGGCACCAUUGUGAACUUCACCCACCAACACUUCACCUCCCAGGUGGAGAUCACCGUCUGGGUGCCCCGCCUGCCGUUGCAGAUAGAGAUCUCAGACACAGAGCUGAGCCAGAUCAAGGGCUGGAGGAUCCCAGUGGCCGCCAACAGGAGGCCCACCCGAGAUAGUGAUGGCGAGGAGGAUGAGGAGAAGAAAGGGCGAGGGUGCACGCUGCAGUACCAGCACGCCCUGGUGCGAGUUCUCACUCAGUUUGUAACUGAGUCACCUGACCUGGGUCAGCUGACCUACAUGCUGGGCCCUGACUGGCAGUUUGACAUCACCGACCUUGUGACCGAGUUUGUGAAGGUGGAGGAACCGAAAAUCGCCGAGUUACAGGAUGGCAGGAUCCUGGCAGGGCGGGAGCCGGGCAUCACUACUGUGCAGGUCCUCUCACCUCUCUCUGACUCCAUCCUGGCUGAGAAGACAGUUAUUGUCCUGGAUGACCGUGUCACCAUCACAGAGCUGGGUGUACAACUGGUGGCUGGCCUGUCUCUUUCCCUGCAGCCUCACAAGGCAGACAAGAGGGCCAUCAUCUCUACAGUGGCUGCUCAGGAUGUGUUCCAAGCCCCACAGCAGGAGGCCAUAGUCAGUUCCUGGAUUUUGUUCAGUGAUGGCUCAGUGACACCUUUAGACAUUUACGAUUCCAAGGAUUUCUCAUUGACCGUUUCCUCCUUGGACGAAAUGGUGGUAUCCGUCCAGCCAAACCUUGAGACCAGAUGGCCAGUCGUCAUUGCUGAGGGUGAAGGACAGGGUCCCCUGAUCAAGCUAGAAAUGUCUAUCAGCGAAUCUUGUCAGAAGAACAAGAGGAAGAGUAUUCUCGCUGUGGGUAAAGGAAACGUCAAGGUCAGAUUCGAACCUGGGAUGUACGAGCAGCAAGGAGGUGGUAAUGAUAUCGAAGGCGUAAACCGGGAAUACAAAGGCCACCUCAGCAAUUCCAUAGAGCGUGAAGGAAGCCAGGAGCGAGCAGCCCAGGAGUGGUUCCAACAUGGCGCACCAGUUGGCCAUGGGGACAGGACCAACAAAAGCACAACCCCACAGUCUCCUAUGGGAGGAAAGCUACUCAAAGGUGGAGCGGAUGCCUUCACAAGCUUCCCCACCCAAGGGAAGUUACCAGAACCUAAUAACCCUGGUGACCUCACAAUGACCUCCAGGGGCUUAACAGAUUUAGAGAUUGGCAUGUACGCCCUGCUCUGUGUCUUCUGUCUGGCCAUCUUGGUCUUCCUGAUCAACUGCGUGGCCUUUGCUUGGAAGUAUAGACACAAAAGGUUUGCAGUCAGUGAGCAAGGCAACAUCCCCCAUUCCCAUGACUGGGUCUGGCUUGGGAAUGAGGUAGAGCUUCUGGAGAACCCCGUGGACAUCACUCUCCCCUCGGAGGAGUGCACAACCAUGAUUGACAGGGGUCUGCAGUUUGAGGAGAGGAACUUCCUGCUGAAUGGCAAUUCCCAGAAGACUUUUCAUAGUCAGCUGCUUAGGCCUCCUGACUAUGUGUAUGAGAAAGAGCUGAAAAAUGAACCUAUGGGUUCCUCCGGCCCAAAGAGGAAGAGAGUCAAGUUUACUUCCUACACUACCAUCCUCCCUGAGGAUGGGGGCCCGUACACCAACUCCAUCCUGUUUGACAGUGAUGACAGCAUCAAGUGGGUCUGCCAGGAUAUGGGGCUGGGGGACUCACAGGACUUCAGAGACUAUAUGGAAAGACUACAGGACCAGAUGUAAAGUCCUUUCUUAAGUUCGUAUUCACCUUUAUGCCUUCUGUUUUCUGAACGGUGGAGCAGUGAGUCUGAUCAGCAAUAGGGGGUGACUCAACAAAGUGUCAGGGUAGGGGGUCUGGAGGGAUCCCUCUCUAAGUGGGUAUCAGCCGUCGACGGAACUGGGUGAUGUCUACAAAACAGUGGCUCUCAGGGGUGGGAGACAUUCAGAGGCAGCAGCCUAGCGGUAGACACGACCCCGCAGACACUGUUGGUCACCUCAUGACCAAUGGCCGUGUGUAAUUAGGGAUGUUCCGGAUGGUGAUUUUUCUAUUCCUAGCCCUUUUAAAGCACAGUGGACACUCAUUGCGUGUGGCCUGAGUUCGGAUCUCCAUGGCAGAAGAUGACUGAAUGUAACUUCCUUAGUUGUCAGGAGUGAGGCUCAUUAUUUUUAUAUACAUUUGGACUCGCACCUGUUCUUUUGACCUUACGUUUUUGAGGGGGAGGGGUUGUUUCAGAAACACAUAAAGAAGAAUUAUGUUUGUUGUUCCUAUGAGUUUUGUUCCCCGGGGCUCGUCAUGUCCUGACAUUUCUGGGUCUCCACGCAGGAUGUCUUUUUUUUUUUUUUUAAACUUGGUUGCUGGGGAUGGUGUUUAAGCAACAUAUUCUCAUGCUCUGUCUCCUUCUUCUUGCUGUUGGACUUUCUUAUCUCGGCGACAAGGAUCUCACUGGAGACCCAGAAGAGAGAUUUUUUUUUUCCUUUUCCUUUUAAAAAUAAUUUUCCACACGAUGUUAAACCAAUUUGGAGAAAAAUUGUGUCACAAGCAUCUGUUUUCAUUGUCUGCUUGUUAGUUAUUUGCAGAUCUUCUGGGGGUAGAGUUCUGAGGGCAGAGAGACUCCAACAUCACAGUAUGGAUAUAAGUCCUUUGUGCUCAACACAGUGUAUUAUUCAAAGUAAAAUAAAAAGCAGGAUUGAAGGGCUGGAGAGAUGGCUUGGUGGUUAAGAGCACUUGCUGCUCUUGUACAGGACCUGGAGGUCAGAUUACAGCACCCACGUGGUGGCUCACAAACCUUCUGUAACUCCAGGGCCAUGGGA